UAACAAUCUGCAAUUAGUUGCACAAAGUUCUUAGUUGUAGCUUGAAGGUUGUUCGAAGAUGGAAUUGAGAUUAGCUCUGGUUAAUUUUGUACUACUUACUGUUAGUUUCAGUGACUAUUGUCUAGGCAUUCAUUUGUUUUCGGCCCGCGAUUUCAAUGAACACGCAGAGUCUGCAACUUUUGGUGUUUCUAGCCGAUUCGACGAAUUCCCAUUUAUGACAGCUUUUGGUUGGCAUAACAAUGAAACCGGUGAAAUUGAAUUUCUGUGCGGAGGAAUGCUGAUCGAUCCGAAUUUUGUACUCACCGCAGCCCAUUGUGUAUUCUUUGAAGGAAAACUUCCAGACUUGGUAAAAAUUGGCGGUAACAAGCUUAACAGCACCUACAAUGAGGACCACACAGUAAGAGAAUACUUCAUCCAUCCGGGAUACAAUGAUGCAGAGGCUUAUGAUGACGUAGCACUGGUGCAACUUGCCAGAACUUCAAGUAAAUCACCAAUUUGCUUGUGGAACAAAUCAACUCUGACAACAUCAAAAGUCACAGCUAUAGGUUAUGGGGCUACAAAAUUUGCUGGCUCAACUACACCGGUGCUGCAAAAGGUGAAUUUAAUCAUCGUUUCACAGAUGUUCUGUAAGUCAUACCACGAUAAGAAGCGAAAGUUUCCCUACGGUCUCUCUGAUGAACAUGUGUGCGCAGGAGAUCCUGCAGGACGUCAGGAUAUUUGCCAGGGUGAUUCAGGAGGUCCAUUGAUUGUUAGAUCGGACUAUGAACAAUAUGCAAUUGGUAUUAUUUCCAACGGACAAGCAUGUUUUGGAUUUCCCCCUGCUGUUUAUACAAAGACGGCAAACUACAUAAACUGGAUAGAUAACAUAAUCCAAGAAUAUGGUGACUCUAGACUUCAAAUAUGUGAUUAAGCUAUAAUAAAAUAAACUAUAAGAAUAAUACA